AUGACUCUUGUUAGUUCUGCUUUUCUGUGUUGUACUUUUGCUUUCAUUUUAUCUCAUACAGUAAUCUCCAUAGCAAUUGACACAUUAAGUCCAUACCAUUCAAUUAUUGAUGGGGAAACUUUAGUAUCCGCUGGAGAAAAAUUCCAGUUUGGUUUCUUCAGUCCCAACAAUUCAAACAACCGAUACUUAGGAAUAUGGUACUACAGUAUCACACCGCAAACCAUUGUCUGGGUGGCAAAUAGAAAUUAUCCGGUUAAUGACACAUCAGGUGUCGUGAAGAUUGGGAGCAAUGGAGAUUUGAUUCUUCUCCAUCACACAGAAAGUGUCGCCUGGUCUACAAAUAUCAAGAAUAUGUCAUCAAAAACUAUUGUUGCGCAGCUCCUAGACUCCGGAAAUCUUGUUUUGAGAGAUGAAAGCGACGGUUCCAAAGAAAGAUAUCUCUGGCAAAGCUUUGAUCAUCUCUCUGAUACUUUGUUACCAGGCAUGAAGUUAGGAUGGGAUCUGAGAAUCAGUUUGAACCGACAUCUCACAUCAUGGAAGAGUGAAGAUGAUCCUUCUCCUGGUGAAUUCUCUUAUGGUGUUGAUAUUGGUGGACUACCACAAGUUGUCCUUCGUAAGGGUUCUGUUAAGCAGUACAGAAGUGGACCCUGGGAUGGAGUUCACUUUGGUAGCACAACUGUUACACCCAAUGUUGCCUUCAUCCCCAAUGUCACCAUUAAUUCGGAAGAGGUGUAUUAUACAUAUGAGCUCUCCGACGAGUCUACUCUAACAAGGUCCACGUUAAGCUACUCUGGUGCACCUCAACGCCUUGUAUGGAACAGUAGUAACCUUGAAUGGCUUGUCAUGUACUCACUUCCCAGCGACCGAUGUGAUAAUUAUGCCCAGUGUGGUCCUAAUGCCAUUUGCACAAUCAGUGAUCCUAGGAUUUGCAGCUGUUUGACUGGAUACACACCUAAAUCACCACAAGAUUGGGAAAUGCUUAUCUGGCCUGGUGGGUGCAUUAGGAAAAAUCCAUUAAAUUGUCCUGCAGAUGAAGGAUUUAUAGAGCUUGACAGUGUGAAAGUGCCUGAUUUGUUACAGUUUUUGAUUAACACUAGUAUGACGAUUGAGGAAUGCAGAGCAGAGUGCUUGAAGAAUUGCUCUUGUACCGCUUAUGCUAAUAUAUAUGUUACUAAAGGGGGCAGCGGUUGCUUGCUCUGGUUCAAGGACCUCAUUGAUAUUAGAAAACUAACAGAACCUGGCAAUCAGAAGCUUUACAUUCGGGUUAUAUCUAAAGACAGAGGUACUUACUCGCUCUGUAUUUUGUUCUAG